CUCUCUGUGGGAGUGUGGGAGAACUUUAAUUCACGAAUCAUUGAAGCCCAAUAAGGAAAAAUAACCAUCAUUUUAAAAACAAUAACAGUCGAAUUCCGUCCAUAUGAUUUUUCGUAAAUAUACAGAUGAUUGAGUUACACUAUUGUUAUUAAAAAUAUUUUUAUAACGUUUUGAAUUUUAAACCAUGCAAAAUAUGAUUCAUGUUAAAUGUCGACAAGAAUUCUAUCCAUUUAGUAAAAUUAAAAGAUUUUUAAUACCAGAUGAAAAAGUAUCAUGGCAUGUCAAAUUUUUAGACUAUAAUCCACCUCAUUAUACUUCUAAUAACGAAUGUAAUUUAGCGGAUAAAAAUAUUAAUGAUCCAUCAUUUGCACCCGCGUGGAAUAUGAUGGACGGAAAUAUCAACAGAAAAAGCUUUAUGAAAUCUUAUGUUAUUGACGAUGAAGGAUAUCCAUUAAAUCCAGUUGGUCGUACAGGUAUUAAAGGUAGAGGUAUACUAAGAUAUUGGGGGCCUAACCAUGCCGCAGAUCCAAUAGUUACACGAUGGAAGCGUGAUAGAUUUGGCAAAAUUAUGUCCCAUGAAUUGAGUAGAAAAUGUAUUUUACAAUUCAUUGGAAUCGAAAGACGAGAUACAGGACAAUGGGCUAUACCUGGAGGUAUGGUAGAUCGAAAUGAAGUUAUUUCGACAACUUUGAAAAGGGAGUUUAUGGAAGAAGCAUUGAAUACGUUAGAAAAGAGUUCAGAAGAAAUCGAAACUUUCAAAAGGUCAAUUGACCAGCUAUUUCUUGGAGGGUAUAAAAUUUAUGAAGGAUAUGUUGAUGAUCCACGAAACACUGAUAAUUCUUGGAUAGAGACUAGUGCUUGCAAUUUUCAUGAUGAAAAUAAUACUGUUGUAGGCAAUCUUCCAUUUGAGGCUGGUGAUGAUGCAGCAAACGUUAAGUGGAUAGACAUUGAUAAAAACUUAGACUUAUAUGCUAGUCAUAUUCAAUUCCUUGAAUUAGUUUCUCAUAAACAUAAUGCACAUUGGUAAUAGAAUAAGCAAUACAUGUAUUCAAAUUUUUGUACGAUGUUAUUAUUAAUUCAUUGAAUAAUUAUAUAAUACUAACCGUAGAAUGUUACGUGUGCUUCAAUGUAAGGCAUACUUCUUUAAUUUCCGUUAAGAAAAUGAAAAAUUUUCAAACAAAUCGAAAGUAUCCUGAAAAAAGGCUUAAUCCUUACGUCAAUUUUAAUUUUGGAAUUAUUUUCAUAGAUCUACGAAGAGUUAUGUUGAACUAUGGAGGUCUAUGUAGAUCUGAGAUAUUAAAUCCAUACAAAUACAGUUUAUACUUACAAACGUCUCCAUAGAUUUCCGUAGAUCUUAAUAGAUUUUCAUAAAUCUAUAAGUAUCUUCGUAAAUUUACAUUUCUAAGUAUUUAAAAAUAAUAUUAAAAUAAAAAAACUAAAUCAUACGAAUCAAAUCAUCCAUGUGUUCAUUCAUAUGGGUUAAGGAUGCAAGGUACAGUAGACGAUUAAUUUUUCGAGUUCAUGGAAUCUCGCCAUCUGCUGGGCUAGAACCUGGGUUCUUCGUCCUUCUAAUCACAAAUCAAAGCUCCUACCUAUACGCCAAUUCGCGAAUGUAAUGAAGCAAUGACUUAUGUUGUAUUUGUCAAUCCACAAGGUAGUGAUUUAUUCGAAAAGUUAGAAGACGUGGAUCAGCACUAUUUUUUAAUUUAUUUGGCUUGGCUGAGAUUUAAACCUUGAUGCCCCGCACGUGAAUCCUAUCCUCUGUUUGUCGGUUUGAUGUCUGUUUUGAUUGACAAAGAUUGGUGAACGUGUAAUAUAUGUUUUGGCGAGUUGCUCUGUACUUUGAUUUGGCUUAAAUAAUCAGAGCGUCUACAGACUCGGAGGGUAGAAAAUUCAUCGGGGACUGAACAAGUAGAUACUUAUACAACAAUUUUUUUCAAUUCUUGAGCAAGUUUUAUUUUUUAGGGGAACUAAACAAAAAUCCUAUUUUUACAUAAUUAAUGAUUUAUAUCAGAAUUUUGAGUUUUAGCACAUUAUGAGAAUUAUACUGUUCAGUUUGUUGAAUUAUUUAUUUCGAUACAAUUUUUAAACUAUUCCGGAUACUAUAAUCGAUAUCCAAUAUCAUUUUUUAGAUUGUCGAAUUACUUUUAAAAAAAAUAUUCGACUAAUUUGGUAAAUAUAUUACCGAUUAACGUAUAAAUCUAUCUGUUUUUAGAAAAUUACCCUCUUCCAUGUAAUUCCAUCUUCAAUAGUUAAUUUUAUAAAUGAUAAAAGGUGCAAUUAUGGGUACCGCGACUACAUAUCUGCAGACAAAAUUACCGUGACAAAAUAUCUGCGGACAAAAUAUCCUUAAGAAAAAUUUAUAACAUACUGGUAAUGGUCUAGAAGGGGGGCUCUACCUACUUUUGGCCAUAAAAAUACUUGUAUUAGGAAUGUUUCAAUUGUUAUACUCCUCGGCGGAUUGAUGACGAAAAAAAAAAAUAACUUUCAAAAGAAACAAUUUUUCUAUUAGUUAUGGCUGUUUGAAAAUUUAAUAAAUCAAAAAAAUUAAAAAAAUAUUUUUAACGAGGUAUUUCUCUAUUUCUAUUUCUUUC